AUGGAAGCGUCGACGCAGAUCUAUACCGGCUCCCCGGACCUCGGGACAGAAAUUCCUGCGACCGAGGAGGACCCUAGCACCUGCCGGCGUGCCAAUGACAAAACUGCGUCGGAGUUAGGCGGCAGACUAAUCGGGCCUGACCAGAACGAUGCUCAUAAGAGCCGUCCCACUAACCGCCUUACUAGUGCUGCAUCGGGGCGUGUAAACCCUGCCGUGGUGAGAGGAAAGCAAAAUGUGGGAUGCACGAUGAUCGAACGCCAUUAUAACCCUAUCGAUAAGUCACCAAUUCCGGUUGCGAGACGCGCUACCGAUGAGGACAUCGGUAAUGUAAAGGGCGUCGAUGUAUUGGGGCCAACAUCACCCCUCUCUGCCUCAUUGCCGGUGAGCGGCCGUCCUAAUCGCAAACAUGGCCAGAGCCAGCAGCAGGACCCCGUGACCGGGGACACGCGAGGAGUCAGGGGGGAGAUGCUAUCCGGCACACGGGACGAACAAGUGGAGCAGAAAGGGGGGGCAGCGUCGCUGGACGGUCUUCGCCAAGGGGACGUUUCGGACCGCAAUGCAAGCAAGCCCAUAGUUCAGGACAAGGGGCAGGAGGCGCCAGGAGUGACGCUGAGGACAGCGUCAGAGGUCCAUGAUGUGCGACUACGUUCAAGUGCCACGGCAAAUGCCAUGCUAAUUCAAGCAUCCAACCCCUCCCUUUGCGCAGCUGCUGCCAGACUGCCAAACUUUGUAACGGCAGUCUCGUUCAUCGAUGUGGUAGAGCGGCUGCUACCCAUCCCCUCUACUAUCCGCCUACCCACGGAAGACCCGUCUGCUAUGCCGUACGCGACGUGCUCUUUCUGCGAGAAAUUACUGAAAAGCUACGGCGGGUUACGUAGACAUCAGCGGCGGAACAAAAAAUGCCUGUACGAACAGGACCGUCUAGCGGCAUUAGGCAUUCCGUACGGCCGCUUCUAUCGGCCGCCGUUAAUAACGAUCGUGCACGCAUCCGGUAGUCGCAUUGACGCGACAUUUGAGCCGCGCACAGCUCGCGAGCGCCACGAGGAGGAGGCCAAUGGCGAUGACGAGGCCGCGUGGUCAUCAGCUGAGUCAGCUCCGUCUGUUGCAUCGGGGGAGUCGUCGGACGUUGCGGAGGCGGGUGUCAGUCGGGAUUUUAGGCUAGAGAUUGCGCGCAUUGCGCGGACAUACUUCUUGCCUAAUGCAGCCAUAACCGACAUCAUCCAGUUGUUUAAAGCUGGGAACGGGGACCCAUCCGAGGUGGAUAUGUGGCAGACAUAUCGGGACCUCGAACGGUUCGAGGAGGAGUACCUGUCAUAUGGCGACGAAUGGGAGAUACGCGUGUUGGAGCUCAACGAGGGUCUGGGCUCGGUGACGUUCCGCAUCGGGCGGGGUGCCGGUAUAGUGGCAGCGGUGAUUCUGUUCAGUGAUGCGACCCAUCUGACGUUUAAUGGGAGGCAGCUGGCUCACCCGUUGAUGUUCUCGCUGGACAACAUUCCCGAGGCCAGCCGAUGGCUUGAAGGUGGCGUGGAGAUGGUAGCACUCUUCCCCCCGCUACCCGCAGCCUUGACUCCGGAGCAGAAGACGGAGCUCAUGCACGAGAUGUUGCGGCUGGUACUAGGGCCUCUCAUGCGCGCAUCAUCAGUCGAGAGCACCACCCGCACCGUGAAAGGCCAGAAGGACGUGUAUGAGCGGAUUGAGGGUACCAACCCGAAGAAGCGCAAGAGAGUGAAGUCGGCAUGGUGCACAUACUUUGUGAAGGCUCUAACAUAUAAGGCCACUCCCGCAGGUGCGGCUGGUCAUCAUGCCCCUGCCUCUCAACCCUUAAUCCCCGCAUGCCCCCACGUGCCCUUGGCCAUAUUUCUAAAUGGUGUUAGGCAGCCGGAGGAUAUCAAACCAUUGAAGCAGACGCGGCAGCCUAUCAUGCCCUGUCCUCCCCCGCACUCUGGGCUUUAA